AUGUGCAAGAAAAUUCAAGUGGGAUGUGGUUUGAGGUGUCAACAACAAUACCCAGAAUAUUACAAGUGUCAGAUACGCUUUGUAAAACAACUCAAUCAAGUUGAACGAGAUAAAGUAUAUCUGCUUUUUGGAACAAUCUGCAUAUGUAAUCAUUCAUGGCAGAGUGUCUUGCUUGUCUUCCUAAACCAAGCCUACACGAUAAACCAUGGUGACCCAACUGAGAAACAUCCGCCCCACACAAGCAUCAGUAACCUGACACCACCGUUCGGUUUAUUUGAUGAUGAAAACUUUGUUAAUAAUGUUUCGGAAUUUUACACAAAUGACGACAUUGUUGGAGCUUUAAAAAUAUUAAAAAAUGAAAUGGAAGUCAAUAAAAGUGAAAAACACGACAAAAUCAUACCUCGUGGAACGACUAAAAAAGAAAGUAGUGACCUGGAAAAAAUUCCAGAUAUGGAAAGUUUGAUUAAAUUAAAUUUUGAAAGUUUAAAGCGAGAAAUUACCGACAUAUUGCACAGCCAACAGCAGCACGUGCUUAAUACCUUAGAGGUGCACAACAAGGAAAUUUGCGCGGUAAAAAACACCGUUAAUAAUAUAGCGCUGAACUACGAUAAAACGACAUAUUAUAAUCACCACAACAAACUGCUUUCAAACUCGAAUCCCUUAGGACGAAGUAGCAAAAUGCAUCAUUGUAGCUACGCUGACAAAGUUUCAUCGAAUUUAUUAAUAUCUGGCACUAAAACAUCACAUUGUAAUGAAGUUGAAAAAAGUAUAUCGUCAAAGUUACUUGAGAAGUCAAGCGAUUUAAUUAUUGACGUAAAUAAUCAAAAUUUCAACCCUGGAAACCUGUGGUCAGAUGCCGAAAAAACACCAGUGGAUGAUGGGUUUAGAGAGUACAUUUCCAGAAAUAAAAAAAGAGCCAGACUAAACAACUCAUCUGAAGAUAAUAAUGAAAUGAAAUCAAGUGGUACCACCAGUAACUCAGGCAAUGUUAACGCAUCCAUUCCAAAACCAAUUAAAAAAAUUAUUGGCAUCAAAGUAAUCGAUAACUGCAAACUUCAGGCUAAAAAAAACCUUAUAAGAAAGACCGUUUUCUUGAUGAGCAACGUAAAAAGAUGUCACAGAAAUGAUGUCAUAGAUUUUCUUAAAACAAGUGGUAUAAACGUUAUCUCUUGUUUUCCGGUGAUAAAACGUUCUAAUCAGGAUAAAAGCGAUCCAGUAAACAAGGAUGAGGAAGAAUCAACGAUGUUUCGUGUAUGUGUCGAAAGUUGCGAUGAACCGAAGAUGAAGGACCCGGAAAUUAUGUUAAAACACAUCAUUGUACGCGAAUGGCGUUUCGGGAAAAACACCGACAAAAACUCCGAUACGACGAACAAACAUGGCUGA